GGAAGGGAUGCGGAGGCUGCACACAGCGCUAGGUUUGCAGGCAUGUGGAAGUUGUUGAAAUAGGUAAAGGGUCGAAAUUGGCAUUUGGAAAAUGGUUACUAUUUCUUUAGUUACUUAUAAGACGGGCGAAUAUAAGGGAAAACUGGGCCACUGAGAAUUUUUUCUGUGUUGCAGUUUGCCGUCAGCAGAAGGUAAAACAUGUCCUUGAAGAUACAAAAUUUUACAUAAACAGCUGAUGUUUACAUAAGCCUCGAUAAGUUUGUGAAAAACACAGAUAGCAGAAGAUGCGGUGUUAGCUGAACUCGGCUAUCCUGCUGUUUGUCCGUGUAAUAAUUUAUCUUUUUUUUUGUGUUGUUGCAGCGUAAGAGCAAAGUGAGCAGCUGCACCUUUACCAAAGCAACCACCUGCGUUCCUCCUCUCCUCUGGAAUGGACAAUGGGAUGGUCUCUGGCUUUAUCAUGAUCAAAAACUUCUUCCUCUUCUGCGUUUCCAUGAGUUUAGCCAGCCACUUCGGCUUCUCGCAAACGCCAACAGCAUCGGGAAAAGAGGACGCCAAUGAUAACAUCACUAUAUUCACCAGGAUCUUGGACGGUCUGCUGGACGGCUACGACAACCGACUGCGCCCGGGACUGGGAGAGAGAAUAACUCAGGUGAAAACAGACAUCUAUGUUACCAGUUUUGGUCCUGUGUCAGACACAGAAAUGGAAUACACCAUUGACGUUUUUUUCCGACAAAGCUGGAAAGACGAAAGGCUGCGAUUCAAAGGACCUAUGCAACGCCUCCCUCUUAACAAUCUGCUUGCCAGCAAGAUUUGGACCCCAGACACUUUCUUCCACAAUGGCAAGAAGUCUAUUGCUCACAACAUGACAACCCCAAACAAACUUCUGCGCCUGGAGGAUGACGGCACUCUGCUCUAUACCAUGAG